UCACGGAACGGCAUCGCCCAAUCUAGCCACUGCCAUUAACUUAUUCCAAACAUCGGUCGUACACGCAACUAUCUUUUGGAAAAACGACGUGCAGCUAAUAAGAGUUCGUGCAACGAAACUGGACCGAUCAAUAGGUAAAACAUUGACAAAACAGCGCUCGAAUGGUGCAGGUAUAAAGAGAACUUUCGACGCUGUUCCACCAAAAGCCGGCAGACGAGACGAUGUUUGUGGUGACUACAGUGUUCGAUACUAUCAGGAUUCCUCCGCUGCUAUUGUCUAUGCCUACCGUCCAGGCUGUUCACAGUGAAAUCGACCAAAAGUAUCCCAACCGUGUGUUGAUGGACGUGGGUUUGGUGGUGGGCCGGUACGGUGAAUGUGCCAGGGUGGGACACGGCUUCUGUGUCUCGGGCGACGGAGGAGCACAUCACGAAUGUGAAUUCAGAUUGAUCGUUUUUCGCCCUUUUGUAGAAGAAGUGUGCUUGGGACGCAUCACCAAGAGUACCGCUGAAGGCAUCCACGUAUCAAUCGGGUUUUUCGUCGACAUUUUCAUCCCUGCAUACUGGAUGCUAAGGCCAAGCCACUACGAAGAGAAAUCAGGAUUGUGGAUUUGGACACCCAAGUAUGACGAUGACGAAGAGGACGCAGAAGACGAGGCCGAUGAUGCUGCCAGCAUUCGGAGACGAUCCUCAUCUGUUGGACUGGACGAGAAUCAGGCCCUACCCCCGAGUAUGCAUAUCGUUGCUUCGAUCUGCGAAGAUGGCCUCGGCUUGACAACCUGGUGGGCUGCGCCUGUUGAAGACGAUGACGACGAAGACAUGAAGGAAGAACCCAAACAAGAAGAAAAUUGAGUUGUGCAAAUUCGUUCGGUUGGUUCAAGACUAAUAUGACCGAUGUGUUCCAAACGACAUCCAUGCCGGGACUCCAUCCGAUCACUCGAUUCUGCUGAUGUGACGGCAAGGAAGAAUCGCUAUUGCGCGGUCGGGAAGCAUUUCUGUCGAAAGUCUCUUGUGGGAAUCUUUGCUUUUCCAACACCGUUCACUGCUUCUAGAUCGGUACCAAGUACCAACCGUAUUUGCAGAUAACCCGCAGCACAAAAUUUUGACUUGAGGAAUAGUAAAUGGGUCAAAGCUAGAAACAAAGCGUCUUUCGUAUUUU